AAUGAGAGGAGGCCUGUGUAACACAACUCGGCCGCGUUUCGAGGCGACUUUCAUGAUUGAAGAGAGGACAAAAGAUGGGCUGGCCUGAGGUUAAGCAAGCCGCCGAUGAACAUAGGUAUGAACUAGUUCUGAGUGGUGCUACUGUUUCCGAGAGGAUCGAUAAAAGUGGCCUGGACAAGGAUAUUUUCGAGUUGACCUUUCUCAAUUUUCUACAAAUAUCGAACACAACGUUGCUUUCGCUUCCGGUCGAAUUAGGGCAACUGUUGAAAUUAAAGACACUGGAUUUGCACAAAAAUAGCUUAAAGGAAUUACCAGCUUCCAUAGGAUUGCUCAAGGAACUUAAGCACCUUGACUUAUCGGACAACAAGUUGCAAAAGCUUCCGACAACACUGACAGAACUGAAUUUGCUUCAGUCAUUGAAUUUGAAUUGCAACCAACUAACUGAACUGCCGAGUUUUGUACUUCUCACAAGUCUGAAACGGGUUGACAUCAGUCAUAAUCAACUGAAAGAACUACCCGAUGGAAUAUACGAACUGGAACAUCUGUCGGAAAUCAUCGCUUCUUACAACCAGAUCAGCAACAUUAGUGGUAAUAUCUCAAAACUGCCAGCUCUCAAGGUGCUGUCCUUGAAUGCAAAUAAGAUUGAACUUCUUCCAUCAGAAUUGACAGACUGUCUUAAGCUGAAAGAUCUUCACUUGCAAGACAACUCGAUUCAGGAUAGGAGACUUUUCAAGGUUAUCAAACAAUGUUCAACCAAGGCAGUUUUAGAUUACAUCGCAACAAGAAGUGAGAAAGUGAAAGCUGGGAAAAAAGGAGGGAAAAAAGGGAGAAGUAGAAAGGUCAGCGAGGGAGCUGAUAAUGAAGUUAGUGCGGACCAGGCUGAGGCACAAUUUUUCAGCCCAGUGGUCAGAGUUAUGCACAGUGAAGAGUUUAAGGUUGUUUCUCAAUCAAGUGUUAAGGUUGUGCGACCUUAUAUUGUAUGUGCGGUGGUGAGGAAUUUGGAUCUUAUUGAUGCGGAUGCCUAUAAAAAGUUCAUCAAUAUUCAGGUACCUCUUCACAGUUAUACAAAAGAGUUAUUGACCAGGUGUGAGGUCAUGAUGGCUAAUAACCAGCUAGAAAUUAAACAAGACUUAUCUGAAAGUUGAUGUUCUGUUUUAAUUUGGGCAAUUAAGAGUAUCCUAUGGGGUUAUAUGUGAUAGCUUGGGUAGGCCCUGAUUAAUAAUUUGAGAAUUAUUGGAUGUGGUAAAACCAGUGUUAUACUCAGGGGCGGGUUUGUAGUCAGUCUGAUCCUUCUUAAAUGCUUGUUUACCAGGUGAAAAGCUAAACUUUACUAUCUAGAACCUUUUCAUAGUGAAAAAUAUGAUGUUUGGUCAGUGUCUUGAUGAUGGCUGGAUUGCCAUUAGCCAUUAGAAUGUCUUUUUGUCCCAUUUGCCUGUUUACUCUUUUGUUAGAUUAAUAUUCUAGCCUCAAACCACAGACACUGUUAACAAAGGAGAGGUGUUUCUUAAAAAAACUUUAUUUAAUUAGCUAGGCUGUUAGGUUAGGAAUAGGCUAAAUUUGUCAAAGCCAGCAAUAACAAAGCAAAACAUGGCAGAACUCAUUCACAUUUGAGGUCAACUUCUUUGACUGAAAAGAAGUUGAUUUUGACACUAUGGUGGUUUUCUAUACCUUUGACUUUCAGCAGUUCUUACUUUUCUGCCUGCACUUGAGAUGCUGUUAGUGCCUGUUUUAUGUCUGGACAUUCCCUCCACACUUUCUCUCCCUCCCUCUCUCUUGCUUAAGGAGGAAGUUCAUAAAAUUGUCAUGAGCUUGAACUGGGAUGGAAAAAGAAGAGUCUGUAUUUUAGUCCCAGAUGGCUGCCUUGUUGGUAUUUUCAUCAGCUAUUACCUUGGCAGCAUUGUAUUGUUCCUUUGAAUGUUCAUCACUUUGUAAGGUUGAUUUUCAUACUCUAAACAGCUUUUUUUUCUAGAUUUCUGUAAGCCAGGUUAUUUCCCAUGUUGCAAUAUUCAAGUGCCAUAAGUGUUGUUUUUCCUCAAUGCCAAAAGUGUUGCAAAUGAAUUUUGAUCAACAGAAGUUUCUGAGUGUCUAAAAUAAGACCCUAGGCUGUUUCAAGCUGGCGAUCAGUAAUGAAUCCACACAACAUCAUCUUGAUUGAGACAUACCAACCUACCAUAGUUAUUCAGUUAUAAGGCGCACCAUUUUUUUCAAGAAAUUCCUAAUUUCUACUAAAAUUACCGGCAAAGUUUGGGUGCAUCUUAUAGGCGAAUAUUUUCCCGAAGCAAUUUUUUUUAAUCACAGUUACUGGUACGAUUUCAAGCAAAUAAAAGGAUACACAGUGUUGGUCAUUGACUUUUAUAAAUAUGGUGGUUCUGAAAAGACGAGUGAAGUCAAAUUUGCAUAGAUAUGAUGCGUGCUCGAAAGCACGUGCUCAGUAAUUUGAUACGUCACAAAACAAAACGAAAAUAAACAAGCAAAGAGAUAAAUACCUUCUUCAUCCAUCCAGCCUUUUUUGUGCACUGAGACCUACAUUCUCAGCGGUAUGUUAAUUCUUGUUUAAUCAAGGCUUUUGUUUGUGCACGUGGUCGCGUGUGCGACAAUUCUGCUUUUGUUAAUUAACAGUAAACUAUAAUCGAUACGCGACUUUUUCGCUUUUUUGUAAGUUUAUGAAAGAAUUUACAAUAAACUUGACUGAUCUUUACUCCUCAAACAACGGUGCGCCUUAUAACAAAGUAUUUUAGCGAUAUUUUCAGUUUGAAAACAUGCAAUAAUGAAGUUGCCGAAUUGGGGGUGCAUCUUACAGCCGAGUGCGCCUUAUAACCGAAUAACUACGGUAUUAUCCAUACAUUCUCAAGCUAUCUCAAUAUAUUCUCUAAUAAGGUAGAAUAUGUUUUGUUUUUUUCCAUAAUAAUUUUGUUAACAAUAUUUUAAAAUCUGAAGUUAAGGAGGAUGUUAUAAAAUAAAUUGUGUAUUUACCAGAUCUGAGUGAUUAGUAUGCAAUCAAAUCAAAUACAAACUUGAAGUUUACUCUAGAAGUUACUUCCCUAGGUUUUAUAACUUUUUGAAUGCUACAUUCUGUACCUUUAUGAUCAAGUAACAUUCUCUCUCUUGCCUACUAACAGACCAAACUUCAUGAAAGCAUUUGUGACCAUAGAACAUCAGCUACAAUUGCCACACAUGACAUAGCACCUUUAGCAUUCCCCCUGGAAUAUGAAGCUUGCCCUCCAGGUGAUAUUCAGCUGGUGCCUCUGGGAAGACAAGAGGAAAUAACUGCUGAACAGCUGAUAACAGACCUAAGAGCAGAAGCCAUGAGACAAAAACAGAGAACAAAAAGAAAUCCAUAUAAAACUGGACUUUUUAAGUAUGAUUUUAUUUCCUGUUAUUAACAACAACUCCGAGUUUAUCUUUUUAAAAGAUAAAUGUUGAUGUUAUCUAUGUAGCUCUAUAAACAGGGCUUCUUCAGAUAUUUGUAACUGAUUUUGUUACUAUUUUAAAAAGAUGAAUAAAUAGCCUAUAGAAAUGGAUGGGAUGGUUACUGAAAGAGGGUUUACCUAACUAUUAUGCAGCAACAUGCUUUUGACUGGCUUGUAAAUGCAGUGUACAGUGGCAACUCUCACACUGACAUCAUCUUUAUGUGUUUCUUGCAAUAGGUAUCUUACUCUCAUUGAAGGAGCAGAGUCAUAUGCUGUAUUAAGAGACUCAAGUAGAGCUGUUGUGUCUCUGCCUCCAGUUACUAACUGUGACAAGAGUAAGGUAAAGAGCCCCAUCAGGUCAUACAUACAACAUUGGUGUACACUUGGUAAAAGUGCCCUUUCUUUGUUUUCUGGUGUGUUGUGUACAGAUGAUGAGGAGAGGAACCCCAUUAGAGUCAUUCUUGCUUAUCCCAUUUAUUCAAAUUUUUUAAGGAUGUUUGUUUGUAUCAUUGCUAUAUGCCAUGAGACAUAAACCUUUUUCCCAAGAUGUUAGACUUAUUCAUAGAAAGUGAAAAGCAAAAGAAAACAAUUUUUUUAUUAUUAUUUGCAGAUAACAGGAAAAAAAAUUGAUGUACUCCUGGAGGUAACAUCACCAGUCAGUCUUGAAACUUGCAAGACUGUAAUGGACAGUCUAAUUAAGAUGAUGCUGGAAGUUGGUUUGUUUUCGGAGGCCAACACUUUGGUUGAUGAUGUAGAAUGUGCAACUUCCUUGUCAAACCAAGAGCUUGUUAUCGAACAAGUUAGAGUAUUAGGCAGUGACGGACAACUCAGAGUUGUUUAUCCAUCAAGAGUUGACCUGCAGUUUGAGUCAGUCAAAGUUAUUCGACCAGAAAAAGUUUAGGAAACGAUUAUGUAACAAGAUAUGGACAUGUAGAAAAGGGUGUUGUCUCAUUUGUAGGAGCUGUCUUGGUGUACCAGUACACGGGGGAAUUCCUAUUGUUUUCAUAUCCAUACAUGGAGUUGUGACGCAGUUCGUUAAUGUUUCGUUCCUUUGUGUAACGGUACACGAGGACACAACCCAUUUGAACCACUUACUUUAAACUUUAAAUUCAACCAUUUGCCUCAAAGGCAAUAAUAAAUUAGCCCUUUCUCUGUUGGCUUAGUAUGAACACCCCCCUUACUGAAUCCAUUUUUGGUGUAGGUUAGUUUUUCUUAAUGACCAGUAUAUGGUUCGGUUUGGUCCUGUAAGGGCAAACCAAGUAUAUAAAUGUUUUUUGUAAAGAUUGCUUGGGACGGAGAUUAUUGGAGAUGGAUUGUAAACAUCAGAAGUGACAUUAAAGCCGUCGAAAAUCAUUAGAGGUGGA